CCGCAACCCCUCCUCCCUCCCCUCUCUCCUCGCCCCACACCACCCCAUCCCCCGCCCACCAACCCGCUGAUCGCCGAGCUCGAUACCCUAGAUCCCCCCAAAGCCCCUGAUCCUCCAUGCUCUUACCCUCAGUUGGGCUCCGAUUCGCGCCUCUCUCACUCUCCAAUCUCGCCCGCUGGUUCUCCUUCGCCUUUCCUUUCCGUCUGUUCUGUUCUUGAUCGCCGGAGAUGGCGCGCAACGUCUCCAGUGUCUACAUCCAUGUGGUGGAUGAUGUCAUCAGCAAGGUCCGUGAUGAGUUUAUCAAUUUCGGCGUUGGAGAGAACGUCUUGACGGAGCUCCAAACGCUCUGGGAGAUGAAGAUGAUGCAGUGCGGAGCCAUCAGCGGGGCGAUAGAGAGGCCGCCACCUGCCCAGAAGCCUUCCGGACCGAUCACCCCCGUCCAUGAUCUGAAUGUACCGUAUGAAGGACCUGCAGAGGAGUACGAGACCCCAACGGCUGAGAUGCUCUUUCCACCGACUCCUCUGCAAACCCCCAUUCAAACUCCGUUGCCAGGAACAGAUCAGUCGAUGUAUAACAUUCCUACAGGCCCCUCUGAUUAUGCUCCAUCUCCGAUAACUGAUAUCAGAAAUGGUGUUGAUUUAAAAGCUGGAAGGCCUAGCCCAUACAUGCAACCACCCUCCCCUUGGACGAGUCAAAGACCUUUGGGUGUUGAUGUUAAUGUAGCUUAUGAGGAAGGGCGUGAUGAGGUGGAUAGAGGAGCUUCUGAUCAACCCAUGACCCAGGACUUCUUUACGAUCUCCUCUGGAAAACGCAAAAGGGACGAUUAUGCUUCCCAGUUAACUUCUGGAGGUUAUAUGCCACAACAAGAUGGAAGUGGAGAUGUGAUGAUAGAAUUUCUUCUUCCAGAGUAUCAGCCAAAAGAAGUUCAAAAAUCAAUGACUGGACGUGAUCGAGAAACUGCAGUUAAGAUUCUAUCUAAGAAGGAAACAGAAGCAGCUCCAGUGCUUCCUCAGCAGGAUGGGGUCAAUGAUGAAUAUGAUGAUCUGUUUCAUUUCCAGGGAAAUGAAGACUACAAUACUCCGGCAGAACAUGUUGAACUACGAGCUGCUACCCCUGCCGUUGGCACACCAAAACCAGCUAAAAAUGAAGCAGCUGAGGAUGAUGAGCCUCCUCUUAAUGAGGAUGAUGACGACGAUGAAGAUUUAGAUGACCUUGAGAAUGGUGAGGAAGAGCUAAACACACAACAUUUAGUUCUAGCUCAGUUUGACAAGGUAACACGGACAAAAAGCAGGUGGAAGUGCAUUCUCAAGGAUGGCAUAAUGCAUCUCAACGGCAGGGAUAUUCUUUUUAAUAAGGCUACUGGUGAAUUUGAAUUUUAAAUUUUGUUAUGAAGAAGUUGUUUCUAGAGGUGGGAGUGAUGGCGGAUCAACAUGUGCUUGGGCUGAGUAUUAUCCUUGCAGGCGCUAUGUUAUUUGGUAGAUGUGGGACAUAGCAGUUAUGGGAAACGAUACCUUGGAGACAAUGUAAAAAGAAAAUCCCAUACUGAAUGGACUGAUAGGGUUGUUGAUUUUCUUUGUAAAGAUGCUAAAAUUAAUUGGACGUUGUAAAUUUGUUUUUCUGAAAACAACGAGAACAACUGUAUCCAUUAUUUAUUUUCAGCCUGUUAUACUUAUUCGUGUCAUGCUAGGUAAA